AUGGCAACCUCGGAAACUCAGCCCAAGAUCAACCAAAACCCGGCUCUACAGUCCUACUAUGCCUCCCUAGAAUCUAGGAUUGGGUACCGGCUCAUUUUAGGCGGCACUCGCCAUUUUGGGUACUACGAGCCUGGCAGCUGGUGGCCUUUCCCCAUCAAUGCAGCGCUUCGUAGGAUGGAAGACCAUCUCUUCAAAAGCUUGGAUUUACCCGCCGGUGCGACUGUUCUUGAUGCGGGUUGCGGUAGCGGCCACGUCGCAAUCCAUAUGGCUAACCGGAAGCUGAACGUUAGGGCCAUCGAUGUGACCGAGCGACACGUAGCCAGAGCUCAGAAAAAUAUCGUUGCAGCUGGGCUCGAAAAGGUGGUCACGGCCCAGCUAGGAGAUUACCAUCACCUGGAAAAAUUCCCAACCGAAUCUCUAGAUGGAGUGUACACCAUAGAGACACUAGUGCAUGCAACCGACCCGAAAGCAGUGGUCGAGGGAUUUGUGCGCAUCUUAAAACCGGGAGGCUCCCUUGCUCUAUAUGAAUAUGCACAUCUGACCCCGACGGACGCGCCUGAGGCAACUAAACUUUUCGCACAAGUCAACAAGUAUGCAGCUAUGCCCGCCAACGCGGAGUUUGAAGCAGAUGCCCUACUGUUGCUGCUGAAGGAAGUCGGUUUUACAAAUAUCACGCUGACCGAUCUCUCGGAAAAUGUGAAACCGAUGCUGCGCCUUUUCUAUAUUCUUGCAUACAUCCCUUACCUCAUCAUCAGGGCAUUCGGCCUCGAGAAACAUUUUGUCAAUGCUGUGGCUGCGAUUGUGGGGUAUCGAUACUACGAUAUCCACCGCUACGUGGCCAUUCGGGCUACAAAGCCGACAAGCGGAGAUGAACAUCCCGUGGAGCCGAAGAAAGUUCAAUAA